AUGGCUACCCGAAAUAUUAAUUCGAUGGACACUAUUCUUACAUAUGAUAACAGAGAUGCGCAAAGCCAAUGGUCAGUGGUAUGGUCCACCGCCCAUAUCCCCGGCAUGGACAACGCGUCGGGAGGCGCACAAAGAGGCAUGCGGGGGCGCCGCAAGCUGAGACUUGGCUCACUCGCGCUUGGAGCUUGUUUAACUAUGCAUUGUCGAGUUGCAGCCUCGGCGCUCACUGGAGGAUUUUUUCUUUUUAUGUUGUUUUUAAUAAUGUCUACUGGUCUUCUUGCAAACCCUUUACGUCAUUUCGAAGUAUAUCUCGGUCAGUGGAGUAUCAGUGGACCAGGUCGCGCAUUUCGUAUUUUGCCUAUGUUUGAGGGUAUCGGAUUGGCAAUAUGCAUAAAUGCUUUAGUGAGAGCCAUUAUUUGUUGCACAAUCGCUUCUAUAGCUGCAAUCUACGUAUUUCACUCAGUCUCGGACUCUAAGUUGCCAUUUACACAUUGCAGAGACUUUGACCUGAAACCAUAUAACCCUGUAGCAAAAAAUGUCACAUUUAUUAUGUUAUCAGAGUCUAAUCUUUCAUCGGUAACUGGGGAACUUAGCGAUGAAAAUAUGAAACCAGAACAUGUAACAGUUGGAACUCAAGAUUUGGCAUGGAGAAACGUAACUGAUAAAAAUCUAAAAUAUGAAGGACCUUUAAAAAAUAUAACUCGCCGAACUUUCCCUCAAACAAUAGAAGUUUGUAAUGAGGGCUAUUCCAUGGGCUACCCAACUUUAUUCAGCACUCCUGCAUAUAAUUUUUUUUAUAUUGAAGUAGUUUUAUUUCGCGAAGAUAACGACAAAGUCCAGUUCAAUAUGGCAUUAUCGUUAUGUUUGACAUUCGUAUGGAGUAUUUUAUGGGUUUUGCUGAUAAAAGAGCGGCUAAGCCAAGGAAGGUUAAUUUGGAAUAAUGUACAUUCCUGGCUUGUAGUUGUGCCGUGGAUUUGGUCAGUUGUGCUUUUGGUCACUGCUAUCAUCAAAUUAUUCAGUUUGCCAGAAGUAAUGCGUAAAGUGUUCAGGAUUGGUGCUAAAGAAGUAAUUGCAGGUCUAGCUGAUGCUUUAGAAAUAUCUAUCUACAUACAUUCAGCUAGUGUGGGAUCAGAAAUAAUUCACGGAAAAGGACUAAAUCACUACGCUAUGGGUCAUAUCGAUCCACAUCUCAAUGGUGAGAAUGUGUGGCACAGCGGACUUUUACUUCUGUUAACGGGACUGCAUUCGGCUGGAGCCGCAAUAUGUGCCCUAGUCGAUUGCAUACAACCUAAUACCAAGACUGUUUACAACAUGAAGGAAAGUACUUUAUGGAUAAUUCCUAUGUACUCUAAAUGUGCACUGAUCAAUAACUACUCACAUUUUCUAUCAACGCUUAUAUUCAGCGGGUUAUCAUUUUCCUACAUGAGCGUGGCUUAUAUCCUUGUGAAGACUGCUCUACAUACAAUAUUUGAAUGUAAAGUUAAAUUAGUUUUUAAAGAACAAGCUGUCGUCGCUGGUACCAUCUUAACAUGCAUGGGGUUAAGUCUUCUGUUUGCAACAAAUAGUGGUGUGGUUCUACUCGAAAGUGUGGAUGCAAUCAUGACUGGCAUUGCAAUGCCCUCUAUUUGUCUGUUAGAAUUGGUUGCGCUUCUGUACAUUUAUCGCAAUCACGACUUCAUUUCCGACAUGAAUAUCGCAACCGAAGAGAAUGCGUGCUCCACGAGGAUCGGCGCUCAGUGGCAGAUCAUACCUUUUAUAGUGCUGGCAACCGUAGUGAUGCGGGUGUCUCUGCUGUGCGGCGCGGAGCUACCGCGGCGCUCCUUGUGGGCCGCGUGCGCGCCGCUGGCCGCGGCGCUGCUGGCGCCCGUGCUGCGCGCCGCGCACAACGCGUACGCGUUCCUGCGCCCGGCGCGCCGCACCGCCUAGCGCUCUGUUCACUUACCUUGACUUUAUACAUUUUGACUGAGAUGUUAGUUACAUUUCGACAAAAUUCAUUGUGAUGUCGAUUCCAGUUUUUAAUAUAAAUGAAGGUCUUGCACGG